UCUGCGUAUGCGCCGGGCGGUCAUUGUGCCCGUCCCGGGUGCGGGGUGCGGGCCUGCCUCCGCGAGACCCUCCAGCGCUGGGGAUGUUUUCCAAACAGACCGCCUUCGGGAGAUGCGCUCUACUGCAGCCUGGGCUGGAGCGGGGGGAGCUCCGCCCCCACAGGCCUCCAGGGACCUGGGAAGCCUGGGGACCGCAGACAGACACCUGAGGGAGGGAAGGAGCGAGGGGGAUGCGCACCCAGAAGGGAUCCCGAGGCCCGCCUGCAGUGCCAGGCCAAAAUGGGGAGACUGAGUCUGGUGGAUGGCGAAGUUGGCAGGCAGGCAGGCAGGUGAAGAGGCGAGUAGAGGAAGGGAAAGAGAAAAGAAUGGUGCUGGAAGGAAACCCUGAAGUGGGGGCCCCUCGAACCUCAGACCUCCAACACCCAGGGAACAAAGGCUCUUCUCCAGGUGAAGAAGCACAGCCAGGCGAGGAGCCCAUCAAGUAUGGUGAACUCAUCGUUCUGGGAUGCUGUGAGGAAGGAGGUGAGGAAACCGAGGCUCAGAGAGGGGAAGUGACUGGCCCAGGGGCAUACAGCUGUUAUAAUGGAUGUCUGGCAAGUGGGGACAAGGGCCGCCGCCGAAGCCGCCUGGCAUUGAGCCGCCGGCCACAUGCCAACGGAGUGAAGCCAGACGUCAUGCACCACAUCUCUACACCACUUGUCUCCAAGGCUCUGAGUAACCGAGGCCAGCACAGCAUCUCAUAUACACUGUCCCGGAGCCACUCGGUCAUAGUGGAGUACACACAUGACAGUGACACAGACAUGUUCCAGAUUGGCCGCUCUACUGAAAACAUGAUUGACUUUGUGGUAACAGACACAUCUCCUGGAGGAGGGGCCACAGAGGGCCCUUCUGCCCAAAGCACCAUCUCCCGCUAUGCCUGCCGCAUCCUCUGUGACCGACGGCCACCCUAUACUGCCUGCAUCUAUGCGGCUGGCUUCGAUGCUUCUAGCAACAUCUUCCUUGGGGAGCGGGCAGCCAAAUGGAGGACUCCUGAUGGCCUGAUGGAUGGCCUGACGACCAAUGGUGUUCUGGUGAUGCACCCAGCGGGCGGCUUCUCUGAGGACUCAGCCCCAGGUGUUUGGCGAGAGAUAUCUGUCUGCGGAAAUGUGUACACGCUGCGGGACAGCCGCUCAGCCCAGCAGCGGGGGAAGCUGGUGGAAAACGAAUCCAACGUGCUGCAGGAUGGCUCGCUCAUCGACCUGUGCGGAGCCACGCUGCUGUGGCGCACUCCGGCAGGGCUGCUGAGGGCACCCACGCUGAAGCAACUGGAGGCCCAGCGGCAGGAAGCCAACGCGGCUCGGCCCCAGUGUCCUGUGGGCCUCAGUACCCUGGCCUUCCCUAGUCCAGCCCGUGGCCGCACAGCACCUGACAAGCAACAGCCUUGGGUCUACGUCCGUUGCGGCCAUGUCCACGGCUACCACGGCUGGGGCUGCCGGCGGGAGCGGGGCCCUCAGGAACGGGAGUGUCCCCUCUGCCGCCUUGUUGGGCCCUAUGUGCCGCUGUGGCUCGGCCAGGAGGCUGGUCUCUGCCUGGACCCUGGGCCACCCAGCCACGCUUUUGCACCCUGUGGCCAUGUCUGCUCUGAGAAGACUGCCCGUUACUGGGCCCAGACACCACUGCCACAUGGCACCCAUGCUUUCCACGCAGCCUGCCCCUUUUGCGGGGCCUGGCUCACAGGCGAGCAUGGCUGUGUUCGCCUCAUUUUCCAGGGGCCACUAGACUAGGCUCUCCAGAGCCCCUGCUGCUGUGCCCGCCUGCCCACCCAGGUCCCCCACCACCUGCUGUUCAGAGGGAGCUCUGCAUGUGGGACUCUGCCUGCUGGCAAAUGCCACACCAGUUGGACACAUUGGAUGGGCUGUGACCCUCCCACAACUCUAGCCUCUAAGAGGGUCCCUGAGAUCUCCACCCCAGUCAUACUGAUCAGACUUCAGCACCAGCUCUGCCCCAGGCUGAUGGAGGGAGCCCCAUGUCCCUACCCUUCCUGGGGUGCCCCACAUCAUGCCACCUACACUGUGCCCCUGGGGGAGUGAAGGGGCCAUGGCCUCUGACUCUCAGCUUAGGCUGGCUGCGCCUUGAGUCUGCCAAUCCAGUAACAGACAUCCAUCCUUCCUGCUGCUGCCCUGGGUUGCUCUAUAAAUGGCGCUUCUCAGCUGUCCUCAC